AUGUCUUCCGAAACAUCAACAAAGCCCACUAUUUACAUGAUUCGGCAUGGAGAGAAGCCCGCUGAAGUCGACGGUCAAGAACCAGAUGGACUGUCUGCUCAAGGGAAAAAACGCGCAGAUGAUCUCCCCAACGUGUUUGGAGAGAAUUCGUCUUAUAAUAUCGGAUACAUUAUGGCAGAGCAUCCUCACCAUGAUGGCAGUCGUGAUCGCCCUUAUAAGACUGUGGAGCCAUUGGCAGAUGCGCUUGGGUUGAAGGUCCAUAAAAGAUUGAAAGAGAUGAUUAUGCUGGAGCUGCGAGCAAAGCUUUAUCCUUUGAUGGCGAUUGGUAUUCAGGGCUAUGCAGUACAGACUGGGUGGACUGGAGAGGUAAAGUAUCCUGGCGAUAGGUUCGACCUGAUUUGGGUUGUGCCGCCGCCGUACACGGAGAUCACCGUGGUAGGAAGUGAGCUGGUUCCGGGUUUGGAUGAUGGAGUUCAUGUCAACGCCAAUGGAGAUGUUCCCCCUCCUUCGGCUGACUGA